GGCCACCAAACUUGCUGCCAGCUCCCGUGUCCAAAUCAUAUGUUUGGCCCCACUUGGAGCUGUAGAAAAUCGAUACCGUUUUGUCAAUCGAGGUUACAAACAGAGAGCUCUAAAAUUGUAAACAGAGCUGCUUCUCACAGAUCGAAUUCCAUAUUGAAGUGGUGCAAGUUUUCUAGUAUUACAAAUUUGUUCAACGCACAAUACCAUGCUAACCAACGAUAGCGGAAACGAAAGUGAGGAACGUCUGGAGUCGCUGUUUUUCGACCAUCUGGACAAAAAUGGGCUACUCGCUGAGCACAAUCCCUCGGAUUCCGACGCCGAGAGCGACAUCUACUCAAAGGUCAACGAGUUUGAUGUGGUGUUUCACGACCCGACCAAACCCCAGCAGCAGAUUUCACGGGCCGAACUGCUGGUGGACGAGGGAGCUCCGCCACCACCAGCGUCGACAAAGCCCCGCGAUGUCCGCCGGGUGCUAACCAGUGACAACAGCACCGAUUCGUGCACGUCUUCCAUCGUGACGACCAGCGGCGGGUCCGCGCCGGAAGAUGAAACGGCGACCGCAGGACCGAACAAAAAGCUGACCCAGAUUAACACGUGCAAAAUUCUGCAGCGAAAGCUCGAGCUCAAGGUGGAACGGGCCAAGCGCAACUACAGACAGAUGUACGAGGAACAGGACUUUUCCCAGGACCCAGCCCCAAAAUCCGCCCCACUGAUCCCAAUCUCGCGGCUCUCCAUUCCGGGCGGAGUUUUGCCACGGGAUGUCCAGCAACCGCUGGUUGACGUAGCCGGGCCCGGGCCCAACAGCGACGACGAGGACGAUCUUGAGCAGGUUUCAUUCUUCCCGCGGCCGAUGAAAAAAUCCGCCGCCGGCCGGCAGGAGCUAUCGGACACGUUCAGCAUACAGGAGAUGACGAUCGAGUCGGACCAGGAGGAAGAGGCGGCGGAAUACGAGCGAUGCCGGAAGCUGUCGAACAGCAAGGGUUACAAGAAGAUUCUGAACCGGGGGUUGAGUGCGGACGGUGGGGAUUAUCUGGACAACGAUACGGGGGACUUUGAGGACGACGAUGAUGACUCGCAGAAUUUGGAACUGUUGCCACCAAAGAGUGGGUACAACCUGAAGGAGUUUGCCCAGCGCGCGUUCUGUUGCUUCCGAAGGCAGGAUUUUUUGUCCUGAAAUUACGAGUACAAGCUGGUGGCGGGCGGUAACGCUAACGGCUAGGGACUGCAACAGUAGUGGUUUGGGUGAGGGGUGUUGAAUGCUUAUUAAGAAAUAACUUAUUGAAUAUAUAUCAAAUAAAUAUACUGUGUCGUUCAAAUGUAA